CAGUGGCACAUGUAAUCAGCUCAGAGAUGGAAGAGGAAGCGAGACACCCCACUCACUGUUUUUUUUCUAGUUCAAUGAAAGUCAAUGAACUAAGAAGACCAAACCCAUCUGCUAUUGCAUUGGUGCCAGUUAAGUAGACCGGAACUUACAACUUAUUUUCAAUGGUAAACGGCCUGAGUGAACAAUCUUAAUUUAUCUGCCAUCUUUGAUCAGCUGUCAAGUCAAGACACUUAAGCUACAAGCGUGUGUCGCUAACACUACGAAAAGAGACUUAAGUUCAUUGAAGAGAGAUGGCGCUGAUUGGAGUGCAGCUGGUGGUCAGCUUGCUGGCUGCUAGCAUCAUGCACAGAAUGACUCCACACUGUUCCUUUGCCCGCUGGCUUCUGUGCAAUGGCAGUCUAUUCCGGUUCAAACACCCCUCUGAAGGAGAGCUGUGUGCCCUGGCAGGCAAACAGAUGCCCAGCAAGCCCAGCAGGAGAGACAGGAGACAGAAUGGGGACAGCAAGCCUCUCACAGUGCCGAAGGACAUCGACCUUAACUUGGAAAAAGCUCCAAUCGGCAUCCUUGAUGCCCUUGUACUGCGAUUCUUCCUGGAGUACCAGUGGUUGAUUGACUUUGCAGUGUAUGCGAUGGGCAUCUACCUUUUCACUGAGGGCUACUUCUGUGUAGUGGACCCUACCAAGGAGGUCCACAUUGGGGCCAUCUGGUGUGUGCUGACUGUUCUCUGCUGCCUGAAAACCCUCCACUCCCUGAUGGGCCACUAUUUCCGGUCUGACGAGGGGGGCGAGCGCUCGGUGUGCUUGGCCUUUGGUUUCCUAUCUCUGCUUGUGGCCAUGUUGGUGCUAGUGGUCAGAGAAGACUACCUGGAGUUUGGCCUGGAGCCUGGUUUUAAUAGUCUUUUUGACAACCUUGAGGUUUUCGCAAAACAGCAAGGCUUUGCUGAGUGGUCAGUCCCGGUGACCAAGCUGACUGUGAAGUUGGGUCUUGCUGCCAUCUGUGCUUUUAUUGGUGCUUUGCUGGCCUUCCCUGGCCUCCGCCUAGCCCAGACCCACCUGGACGCAGUUCAGAUGAACUCAGACCGCCCAUUCAUCCAGAUUCUGUUGCACAUGAGUUUUCUGGCUCCAGUGGUGGUGAUCGUGUUGUGGAUCAAACCCAUCGCUAGGGACUUCCUGGGGAACGCUCCCAUGGGGAAGACCUCAGUCACGCUUAUGUCAAGCGCGAUGUUUGACAGUUUUCGUCUGUGGACGGUCGUGGUGCUCUGCUUCCUGAGGCUGGCCCUGAUCCGAUACCACAUGCAGGCCUACCUCAACCUGUCCCAGAAGUGGGUGGACCAGAUGAAGAAGGAGGCAGGACGCAUCGCUGCCAUCGACAUCCAGAGGAAGGUGACCCGUGUGUUCUGCUACCUGACCAUAGUCACCCUGCAGUACGUAGUCCCUGUUCUGCUCCUCCUCUUCUCCACCCUGGCUCUGAAGGCCCUGGGUGACUUCUCAUGGAGUGGUGCGGAGCAGGCUCCGGGGGUGACCCCUGCCCUGGUAAUGCCCACGGCCACUCCCGUCCUGCCAACGCUGGAGGAUGACGAGGAGGGGGUGGAGUACAUGGAGGAGGACAUCCAGGCCACGGUGGCCCGUCUGACUGAGGGCUUCUCAGCCCUGCGCUCCGUCCUCACCCCCCUCUUCUUCAGAGGCCUCUUUGCCUUCCUUAGCUGGUGGGUGGCCGCCUGCCAGGUCAUCAGCAGCCUGUUUGGCAUCUACUUCCACCAGUACCUCAUGCAGAACUGAGGAAGGAUACGCAGAACUACACUACCCACAAUCCCUAUCCAACACAAGCCCAGUGUGAUGUAGGCAAAACUCUUGAAUACAACACAAGGACCGGAUGGGUGCUCUUGUGCCUAUUACUGUAACUAAGGUGUCACAGAUAUAAAAAGGGACAUGUGAGGGUUUCUUCUGACAUUCUGACACACUACUACUUUUACUACCUUAUUGUCAUGUGGGACACAGAUGAUGUUGUUGCCUGUGACUGCCUGGGGACUAUGAUGGAAAUGCAGUAUAAUGGGGACUGAACUCUGUACCUUGCUACUUAUCACAUUUCUCUUAAGCCAGUGUUAACCAUUUAAUUUUUCAUCACACAAUAUUGUUAAAUGCUGCAAAUGAGCCUUUACUAUUAGGAAAAAGGUACCACUACAAUACAGCCUAGUUUGCUAUUCGACAGAUUCAGAAGUGCUUGAUGCUUUGUGUUUAUUUUCGUCCUAUAGUUCUGCUAUAUACCGUACCGAUUGUCAUGAACCCAUGGAGUUCAUUCUAUUUAGCAGUCAUCACCACUUGUGCAUGGAUCGAUCAAACUUGGGCCUCGCCUGUUCAUUUUCCUUAAUCAUUUAUACCCACCUUUAAAACGAAGCACUGAGGAUCAGUUACUGUAUUUAUUUAAUGAAGGGAUUCAAAGAGGAAUUCCAAGUGCCUGGAAACUCAGGGAUUUUAAGUCAAUGAUAAGAUCUCUUUUUUUUCUAUAAAAUGGUAGACUGGUGAUAAAAAUAGCUAUCUGUAUCAUCGAAUAACACUCCAGCCCAGACUGGAUUUGGCCAAAUGUACCUGUGUUAUCAACCAUCUUUCAGUCUCAACAAAGUUUGUUAGUUGUUUGAACGAAGUACUUUGUCUUUUAUUGCUGCCAAACGAUAAUUUGCUUAAAACUUAAACCUUGGUCUGAAAUGCUUUGCAGAUUGUUGUCAAGGUUUUUUUUUUCUUUUUAUAUAUUUAUACCCUAUUGCCACGGGUCAUAUUGUGUUGGAAAGGUACAGGUGUCGUGCUGCUGUACGUUUGGGUCGUUUUGUUUAUGGCAAGUGUGAUUUCUGUGUGAUUUGUUUGAUUGAAUGUUCGCUAAUCAUUUCACGGUGUGUGGUUUGCAUGAAGAUGCUGUUUUUUUGUUUUGUUUUUACAAUUAAGAGACUUCUGAAUGCAUGGUGUGAACUUUUAGUUGUGUACAAAUGUUUUAUUUGGUUGUCGCUUAAUAAAACAAGAAUUUAAUGUU